GAGAGGAGUCUGCUUCCCGACUCUCAUCCUCGUGUUUCAGGCGUGGCGUCGCUAAUGCAGGUGAUGUCAGGCGGCGUACCUGUCCAGGCCGGGCACCAGCCUGACCGAGUCGGUAUAUAAGGAGGCAGCAGCGUUUAUUUAGUUCUUUCUUUCCAACAGGACUUCGGGGAGAGGCAGAAAGAGAGAGAGAGAGAGAGAGAGAGAGACUCACACGCGGCGUUGUUGGAAAAAACAGGACCAGGAAAUCACAGGAUCUUGGGCAGGACUGUUGAACAGAAGAUUAAAAGGAGCUCACGGACAUCCCUUCCCACGGGCAGAUUUGGUGAGAGCAGGGAAAACUGGGUGAUGUAAACGCACUGAAACGGAUACACGGUCGCCCCAGCGGGACCUGCGCCUCAUUGGCUAUCAUCCUUUCUGGGGGAAGAACCGGUCUGAACCAGAUCCACCGGGGCUCCUCCACACUGAUUGGCCAUCCGCUGGGGCUCCUCCACACUGAUUGGCCAUCCACUGGGGCUCCUGCACACUGAUUGGCUGCAGUGGUGAGGAUUGGACAUCUGCUGCGGUCUGUGUGGCGAUGCUGUGCGGCCGCUAUCACAGGUUGCUGUUGCUGUAACUCGGUGUUUUCUGUUGAGUAGCGUCCAGAAUAAAUUUAGGUCACACCGGUUACACCAUACACUGUAAAUUAUCGUUGUUGUAAUUCUGACCAAUGGCUUUACAAGAGGUGUGUGGCUUUCGGGACAGCCCUGUCUACCCCAGGUGGAACACCCCUGCCUCUCUCUCCAUGGCAACAAGUGACAACAUUCUGCACUCCACCGUGUGGGAAGCGUUGGAGGGGCCGAGCACUGCGAGGGGGAGGGACGGCGAGGGUCCGCUGAGCUUGUACAUACCUGACCCGGAGCACCUUUCCCAGAAUCCCUUGCAGGCCGUCGCCCCGCCUUUCGAGCUGUGCCACGGCACCACCACGCUGGCGUUCGCGUUCCAGGGCGGGGUGAUCGCGGCGGGCGACACCCGGGCGAGCUGCAGGGGGCUGGUCUGCUCCCCGGACUCCCUGAAGGUCCUGCCGGUGCACCGGCGCCUGCUGAUGACCACAUCCGGGAGCGCCGCCGACUGCAUCCUGUGGAAGUGCAUCCUGUCCCGCGAGCUCCGCCUCUACCAGCUCCGGCACCGCCGCCAGCUGUCCGUAGGGGGCGCCGCCAAGCUGCUCUCGCACAUGCUGCACCCCUUCAAGGGCACGAACGUGUGCGUGGCCGCCAUGCUGUGCGGAUGGGAGGGAGAGGAGAACCGACCUGAGGGGGAGGGGUGGGAAACAGACAUAGUAAAGGACGAUCCAUUCAGCACCAGCAGCCGUUCAGAGGUGCCCGCCGAGGGGGCCGGGGGGGCCGGGGUGGGGGAGACAGAGGGAGAAACCGGGGCUCCAGGGGCCGAGGGGGAGGGGGAAACUGUCCUGGAGGGGCCGGGCUGUGCAGUCAGGAGCCCAGGGCCCUCGGGCCCCGCGGGGCCCCGGCUGUACUACGUGUGCAGCGACGGCACCCGCCUGCAGGGGGAGCUGUUCUCGGUGGGCUCCGGCUCGCCCUACGCGUACUCGGUGCUGGACGGCGGGGUGCGCUGGGGGAUGGGCGUGGCCGAGGCCUGCCGGCUGGCCCGCGAAGCGGUUUACCGAGCCGCCCACCGCGACGCCUACUCCGGCAACUGCGUGGACCUGUACCACGUCACCGCCACCGGGUGGCGCCGCAGAGACAGGGAGGACCUGAAGGAGGAGUACUACAGAGAGAGGGAGGGAGAGAGGGAGAAGGUGGAGGAGAGGAGGAGGGAGAGAGAGAGGGAGGGGAGGAGGCAGGAGGAGGAGUAG